AUGUCCCUCGACAACACUCUGUGCUCCUCUGGGGCGUACUUUCUUUUUUCUUGCAUCCGCCUUGUGAGGGAAGUCGCUGGUGGCCACUGCGAAGACAGGUGAUGUCCCAGGGACUUGAUCUGCCUCUUUCCAUUCAGCCUGUUCUCCUCCUCUGCAGGAAGACUUGUAGGGAACUUGGGGAGUGAUGGCUCCCCGAAAGCAGGCAGAUAGAGACCUGUUUGUCCGGCUGGGCGCUUGCGCCUCCUUCCCAACGAGCUGGUCUUUCGCUCUCAGCGUGUGCACUCUACGAAGGCAUGCACUUUUUCUUUCACUUCCCGUCUUCUCUGAGCGAUGACCUGCCAUCUCCCUGAGAAGGAGGCCGGAGGUCACUGAGUGUCAACAUUGCCACCCCUUCUCUGGUCUAAGGAGAAAGGCACAGAGGCUGUGCUGGUCACCCAAGGGUCUGACGUUUCUGCCUGAGGGUUCUGUGCACCGGCCUUCGAAGGACCAUCACAUCUUCACCCGUCUACCACUGGAGGAGACUGGGAGGAGGGCGUGGAAGCUGGCCCUUGGGAGCCCUUGAGGAAGAAAGCCGUUGGAGGUCUCACAGAAGUCAGGUUGGCUCUCUGCUGCGUCCUGUCAAAGGGAGGCAAAAGCCUGCUGGAAGCGGGCCAAGAGCCCUGGCUCAAACUGGGGCCAGCCACCGAGACAGCAGCUGCGGCUCCGGUGCUGGGUGUCACCGCAGGGCUGCAGAACCUUUGGUGGCGCUCUGGUGGACAGUGGGUCGGGACGGAGUGCUCCCAACCUCCUUAAACCCCCGCCCAUGCUCCCUCACGGGAAAUCAGAGCAGGCUGGCGAGACGCCGCCGCAGCGUCCGAAGGAGACACCGCCGCGCCGAACGCCACCCUCGCCCAGGGUUCCGGGGAGCGCGCAGCGGAGGCAGGAGGAUGGUUCGGCGCGGGCUGAGCUGGAAGGGCUUCCCUGCCUGUCCGGCCGCCUUCGCCUCGCUGCCUCCCCCGCUGCGUAACGCUGUGUUCGGGGUGGCGGCCGCGAGGCCGAGCGGGGGAUGCGCUUACAUAAGCGCCCGCCGCGUCCUGCUGCCUCUCGCUCUCGGGAGCCGCGGGCGGGGCCGCGAUGCCGCCGCCGGGAGCAGCGCCGCCGAGGGGACCCGGCCGGCCCGGCGGGCGGAGGAGCGCGAGCAGCGGCCGGCGGAGGGCGCCGCCCGCGGCGGAGGUGAAGGCAGGCCUGCCACUCCUCCUGCCAUGAUGCCUGGGCAGAUCCCGGACCCUUCAGUGACCGCAGGCUCUCUGCCAGGGCUCGGCCCCCUCACUGCACUUCCCAGCUCUGCUCUGACCACAGAGGAGCUGAAAUACGCUGACAUCCGCAACAUUGGGGCCAUGAUUGCACCCUUGCACUUCCUGGAGGUGAAACUGGGCAAGAGGCCCCAACCCGUGAAGAGUGAGCUAGACGAGGAAGAAGAGCGGAGGAAAAGGCGCCGGGAGAAGAACAAAGUCGCUGCUGCCAGAUGCCGGAACAAGAAGAAGGAGCGCACGGAGUUUCUGCAGAGGGAGUCGGAGCGGCUAGAGCUCAUGAACGCAGAGCUGAAGACCCAGAUAGAGGAGCUCAAGCUGGAGCGGCAACAGCUGAUCCUGAUGCUCAACCGGCACCGCCCCACCUGCAUCGUGCGCACGGACAGCGUCAGGACGCCCGAGUCCGAGGGCAACCCGCUGCUGGAGCAGCUGGACAAGAAAUGACUGAAGGCCUGGAGGAGGCGGAAGAGGAGGGGGAGGAGCAGCAGCGGAAGUCAGGAGAGGAGCGAGGUGACCAAGGGGCCCUCCCGGGCGCAUGACAAACUCUAGGACGAGGCUUAGCAUAACUGGCCUCCAGCCGGCUCUUUUAUUUGAAAAUCAGCCCAGCCACGCGCAAGAGCAAGAGCGGACUGAAGAAACCCAGAGGGACCAAGCGCUGAGACCAAAGUUGACCCGCAGGUAGGGGCUGGCCCACUCCAGGGCCCAGCUGGAAGGGCACCUGAGCGAGAGAAAUGCCCACGCAGGUAGCCUCCUCUGGCCCCUCCGCCACGACUCCCACCCAAGGAACCCUUACCAAGCAGCCAAGAAAAGCCACGUGUUGCAAACAGUCUGGCCGAGGAUGGAACUCAGCGCGGACUGCGAUCCACCUUCCCCAGCCCUGCCCAAGCCCGGUGGAAAGGGGUGAACUGUGGGGCUGUGACGGCCCUGCCCCGGGUGGCGCAGCCUGGCGGCCCUGCUGGAAUUUGCUUCGGCUCUGAGGCGCGGGCGCCCUUCCAAAGCACACACUCAAUCAAUGAAUGUUUACAGACUGGCUGUCCUGGCAGGGCUUCCAACUGCACACUUUUUUUUUUUUGUACGUUCUUUUUUUUUUUUUUUUUUAAUAUUUUUUACAAAAAAAAAAGAUUUUAUACGAGCAAUAUAUAUAUAUGGAUUUCUAUAAUCACUCGAUGUGACACAGUACAGAUAUGCUAUGGUCUGUUGUUCCAGACAUCCACCCAGCAGUUACGGGCCGUUGUAAUUCCUAAGUACUGUAGGCUCUGGGUGUUGGGGGGGGGUGGCCAGGCCGGUGGGGUGCAUUUCCAUCCUUGUUAAACCCUUCCUAAGUACUCAGUCCUGUAUCGCUCAGUAAACAUUGCUCUUAAUUACCCA